UAUUGGUUGCGUCGGUCGGUAAAGCAGUAUUAGUCUAACCGAGGACCAAGGUUGUUGUUCGCGCGCCGACCGAAACAACCUCAGCUGUCAAAUUAACCUCCUUGUUUACCGUGCUUAAACUAAACCAACCACACUGCCAUGGCAAAAAAACCACGGACGAUAAGUGAAAAUCAUCCUCAAAAUUUAUUUUCCCUCCAAUAGUGUGAUUUUAUUAUAAAAAUUUUCGGCAUAACCAGACGCAUAAUAUUUUUUACGAUGGUGGGACUGAUUCGCGUGAUCGCUACCUGCGUGUGCGCACUCCGGAAGCGGAUCGCCGUCUGCGCAGUGCUACUCGCCACGUUCGUCUAUACUAUCGUCGUGUUCAGCUCCUACAACGCUCGUCUGCCUCGAGUGGAUAUGAUGGAACAGAAAAUGUCCAUGAUGCAAGCUCACAUACACUUCCUGGAAUCUUUGUACCACGCACGUCACGAAGAAGUCAUCAAUCUACAGCGUGGGAAUAAACGCAUUUCUGGGGAACUGAUGUCCUCUAACUUUCACAAGGAGACAACCAUGACACCAAGGAUAGCUGCAAUGCUGAAGAAUAUAAGUGGUACCCGCGUCGCCUCUGGCCUUCAACCGAAGACAACUCUCCUGCGCACCCUGUUUGUCUACCAGCUCCUGCCACACCUAAUGGACAACCCCCUCAGCUUAAAGCCUGCCUUCCACAUGAGGGGGAAUAGAAACUUCACUGAUAUCGUCAUUGGUAUUCCCACAGUACGACGUGAUAAGGAAAACUACCUCAUGAUUACUUUGACUCACUUGGUGGAGGGCUUAUCAGAGGAAGACCAGAAGACCACAAUAAUUGUGGUCUUCAUAGGAGAAACUGACUUGGAAUACGUCGUCAAUACAGCCCGGCAAAUUGAAUCCCAAUUUCCGAAGUACGUGGAGAACGGACUUAUAGAAGUGAUAUCGCCAGCUGCAUCAUUCUACCCUGAUAUGAACCCAAUGGUACCUACUCUGGGUGACUCCGAGAAGAGGUUCCGAUGGAGAACCAAGCAGAAUCUGGACACGAUAUACUUGAUGGCAUACACCAAGACGAGGGGCACUUACUACCUGAUGAUAGAAGAUGAUGUUAUUUGCACCAAGACUUUUAUGAGGGAUAUAAAAGACUUCACAGCGUCCGUGUCCGUGUCAAACCCUAACUGGGUGUUCAUCGAGUUUUGUCCGAUAGGAGGUAUUGGCAAGAUGUUUAAGUCCUCAGAAUUGCUCAAGUUCAUCACCUAUGUACAACUCUUCUACCAAAAUAUGCCUAUCGACUGGCUCCUGGAAAGUUUCCUCGCCGACAGGGUGUGCACCAUUGAAAAAGCCUCGGUAACAGAAAAAUGCGUGAAGAGUAAGUUGUCGAUAAGACCGAAGUUCAAGAGUUCACUAUUCCAGCACAUCGGUUUGUACUCUUCACUCAAAGGAAAGAUACAGAAAAUAAAGGAUCCUAGUGGCAUUUUGAUGGCCCCAACAUUCUAUCCGCACAAAAACCCGUCAGUGGACAACUUGUUCACCGAUAUCAAAGAACACGCAGAUCAUUCGCUCCGGAAAGCCUAUGAAGGCGAGACAUUUUUCUGGGGCAUCAAACCUAAGAAAAAUGACGUGGUUGAAUUCUGGUUUGAGCACCCCACUGUUAUAAAAAGGUACCUGUUUCGAAGCAGUAACGUGGAGCAUCCAGCUGACAAGUUCUAUGGAACUGUCGUCGAAGUUCUGCCAGUUGGACAGAACUACACUAAAGUGGGGGAGUUUGACGAGUUUGGCCUGGCGGAAGGCACCCUGAACAAGGAGAUCGGACCUCUCUCUUGCAUACGCUUGAGGGUCAAACAAAACAGCAAUUUCUGGGUCAUUCUUAGCGAGAUUGAAUUAAAGCCGUGGGAGAAAUACUCCAGGUGACUGAAAGACCCCAUCACGCCCUGGGAGCGGUUCAUGGGGCGGACGAAGAAACCAAAACACUAAGCGUGAUUCCGAACUGCGCUGUCAAUCAGCGCCAUAUUUACGUAGUGAUGACGACAACUAUUGAGGCUAAGAUGUCACCCGCAGCAAUAUCGAUGUCUGGGCACCACGACAUAUAACGAAGUGCCAUAUCUACUGUCGGCUUUCAGCCAUAUAUUCGUUCAUUUAUUAAAUAUUUAAAUCGCUUUUGAGACUACGAUCAGCUCAGCUUAAUAAUGAUUUGGGCAUCCGUUGUAACAAAAACAAUUCUAACGUCCACAUCUACUUUUUGACAAGCCUUGCCUUGCCUUGCUUUUUUUUUGUUACCUUUAAUGUCUCCUGGCACCCAGUGUCAAAAAUACUUUUUAUACUUGUAUUAUUUUAGUAACAAAUAAAUUAUUAUUAACGUAAUAAUAAAUUUAUUAAGGGGUAAUUUAACCAAAAAUAAUACAUAUAUGUGUAAUUUAAAAACUGAAAAUAGUGAUAUUAAUAGUAAAUGCGAAUCCGCUGAUGUUGGUUUAAAAUCAUUCAUUCAUUUAAUGAAAUUGAAGAUUAAACAAAAGCAAAUAAGACAAGUAUAAAUAAAUUAUAUAUUAUUAUUUUAUUUAAAUGCCUUGAUCCGUCUUUGCCAACACUUAUAAUAAUGAUAGUCUAUCUUUUUAUUAUUUUUAUUAUAAGUCUGUCAGACACUGAACCAGAUUAUCAACAGUAAAGGAUAAUUACUAUUCUAUUAUAUUUAUUUAGCAGUUAGCAUAAUAAGAAUUACUAUUUUCGUUGAAUAAUAACUUUUUAAUAGGUAUUACGAUCUUCAUCAUAACAUUGAAUCUUAAUUAUUAAGUCUUAAUUAUUUUUAAGUUUUUACAGCCAUCACGUUUAUUAAAAUUAUAAUAUUAAAUAUUAUAAUUUGAAUGUCUGUUUUUAUAAGUAUUUAAAAAUAUAAUAUUAUUCUGAUCAUAUUAUGUAAAUAUUUCUUUAUCAAGUUUAUCGGAAUAUGACCAAAGAUGUUGUCUUAAAAGAAAUUAUAUAAAAAUAAUAACUAAUAAUAUUAUUAUUAUGAUUUAAAUGUAAAUAAGUACUUUUUAUAGUUUAAUUUGAUUAGUUUUUAGAAGAAAUAUGUCUAUUAUCACUUAUUUUUGAGGUAAUAAGUACAUUUAUUUAAUUUUUAAUUCUAUUUCAUGGCGUUUUAUUACAAAACUCAAGUAGGUACUUAUACCUUAAUGGCUAUUGCAACACUUAGAAUGAAGAUAAAAACUGUUUAUUUCCCUAACUUUUGACAGUUCCCCAUACUGUAAAUUGUUAUGAAAUGUGUGCAAAGAAUGUUUUUCAAAAAAGAAAUGCAGCCAUCGGUUGAAAAAGGUGGUCUUGACUGAAUAAUAUGUAUGUUUUUAAGAACUUUUUUUAUAGAUCUUAAGGAAAUAAAUGAUUGUAGGAAAUAGGAAAUAGAAGAAAAUUCUGAAACACUAUGUUUUUACAGUUGAGCGCUAUCAAAGAGGUAUAAUAAAAAUAAACCCAAAACAAUCAUGUUUGUUUGUAAACCACACACACAUAAAAUUAUAAUGGAACUAUAUGCAUAGUACCAUGGGGAAUUGACAAAAAAUUAAGAAUACCAGCAAUGAUUAUUAGCACAUACGUAUUUUGAGCUUCUAGUUUUUAUUCUCAUUCUAGAAUAAGUGCAAAGUUUGACUGACUAUGUCCAAUAUUUUUUAUUUUAUUUUUUAUGAAUAUUACAUAAUAAGGAAAUAAGGCGUUUUAUUUUAAUAGGCUAGUUUCCAACUAGUCACAUCAGUUACUUUUUACUAAACGUCAAAACACGAAAUUUAAAUUACUGUGGAAUUUGUAUAAAAAGCACACUAUGACGUCAUAGAACAAUGUGAUAAAAUGUCGCACUUAUUAUUGCGUUGUUCUUGAUAAAAAAUAAAAAAUAAGUUAAGUAUUUCGUUAUAUGUAUAAGCUUUAGUUACAAAAAAGAAAACUUUUUUGACAGUUUUAAUUAGUAAUCAGAAUUUCAUAAUUUAUCUUUGAUCUGAUAAACUACCCAAUUGCUAUUUUUUUUAAUAGGUACUUUAUAUAAUGUGGACAAUACUAAUUUAAUGAUUGACCAUUAUUUAUACUAUUUAUAUUGUAAUUAAAUUAUUUACAAACCAAAGGUAAACCUAAAUAAUUUACAAAAAUGUUGUUUUAUGAUUUACAUCGAAACAUAAGAUUUGUUAAACUUUUGAAUACUUACUUUAAUAUAUUUUCCUAUAAUUUAAUUUUAACGUAAACUUAACAUACAAUUAUAUUAAAAGUGGUUAAAAAUUGUUAAUAAUAUAACCGCUUGAAACUUUGAUGUGACUUUCAAAAUAUGUGUUAAAUAUUUUUAAAAUGUAAAAUUAAAUGUGAUUCACGGAUAUGUAGUUCCGUGAAAGAUUUGUUACUAAACAUGAAUUACCUACUUACUUACUACGACUAAUAAAUCUACUUGAUUAAUAAUAAAUAAUAAUAAUAAUGCGAAAAAUAAAACAAAUAUAAUGAA